AUGUCUGCCGAAGGAACCAUCAAUACCGCAACGGGCAACCACCCCGUGGACCCCUACAAGUCGAAAAGCUUCGAAGACCCGCCUCUCCCUCAGAAGAUUGAGGACCUGGCAAACUUCAUUUCAGAGAUCAAAUUUGGCAUGUUGACUACCCACCAGUCAGAGGGAGAAUACCUGGCUUCAAGAUGCAUGGCCCUUGCCGCCCAGGAGCAUGGCGGUAUUGACCUAAUUUUCCACACCAAUUUGUUCUCCGGAAAGACUAUGGACCUCACUGCCCACCCUAAGGAAGUCAACAUGUCCUUCCUGGACCCUAUCUCUGGCGCCUGGGCCUCUAUUUCCGGCACAGCCACCGUCGUCUCCGACCAAGCAACUGUUCAGAAAUAUUACUCGACAGCCCUGAAGGCAUGGAUCGGUGACAUGGGUGAUGGUGUGCACGAUGGUGGCCCUUCAGACCCUCGUAUUGGUGUCAUCAAGCUGGAGGCCAAAUUGGCUACACACGUUGCUUCCAAAAAGGGAAUUCUCGGCCGUGCUGUCGAUACCGUUAAGGGUGCUGUCCAGGGCAAUGUCCCCGAUAUUAACAGCAUUCGGGAAUUAACCGCGGAGGAGUUGGCUGAGUGGCGCCGAACACAUGCGUCAUCUUAA